UAAACCCAAAAGUUAAAACCCCAAUUUGGCCUGAAACGCAAAACCCUGAAGACGACGACCGCUAACAAGACCUUUCUAUGAGCAACAAUGGAGGACGCUGCGAUGGAAGACGGAGAGACUAACAAGGAUAGUGAGGUGGCUCCUGCCCUAAUUGCAGUCCACCCGACCCAGAAUUCAGUUGCAGUCGCUGUCGGGUCGGACCUCCGCGUCUUCGACCUCCUUGGGGGUUGUGCGGUAUCUUUGGUAAAUGAUUCUGAUGGUUCUCUUCAUAAGGAUUCCAUAAGAGCCAUUCGUUAUGGAGCAAACGGGAAGCUCUCUGUGUCUGCUGGUGAUGAUAAACUUGUCAAGAUAUGGUCGACCAAAUCGUGGCGCUGCAUUAGUUCCGUGGAAGUUAUUGAAUCCCUCUUGACAUUAUUGGCUGUUAAACGUUAAUGGUGGACAUACAGAGUGAGUGGCUUUUCAUAUCUCAUCUGUGUUGGAAAUUAGGAACAUUAUUAAAUUGUUAUUUAGUUUCCUUUUAUUAGUUGAUUGUAA